GUAUAAGUGUCCCUCAGAAGUUUGCCGGCUGCAGUGUGUGUGUGUGUGUCUGAGUACGUGGGUCGUUGUCGGAGAAAAAAAACGGCGUUUGUGUAAAUUUAUUUGUGAGCAACCGUCUAAAACUAAAUUAGUUUGCACAAAUUAAUAUUUAAGUCGGCAUCACCUGAACCCAGAAGAAACCCGCCUGGAGGACGCCGGACCGUCACCAUGGUCGCCACCAGCACGUUGAAGACUAAAAGCAGCGACUGUGUUUCCGAGCUGGUUGACCGAAGACAUGACCAGGCUUGCGUUGAGAAAGAACUGGAUUUCUGGGAUCACUGCGUGGCAGAACGCCAAAGGACGGCAGAUGUCGCAGAAGACCGAACCUGUCAACAGCUGGCCAAGAUGUUUGAGAACUGCCUGUCGCGAGCCAAGAAGCCAACGCUGCACUGCUCCUCUGUGCUGGUACCGGAGAAGCUGACGCGGAGGAUAGCUCGCGAGGUCCUGCGGCUGGCGUCCUGCGAGCCCUGCGGCCUGCGUGGCUGCGUGCUCUACAUCCACCUGGAGCUGGACAAGGGCUGCAAGCAGCUGGAGCGCGUCGUGUACGACGCCACCGUGGUGCCCACGUUUGAGCUGACUCUUGUUUUCAAGCAGGAUGGCACUGCCUGGCCCAGCCUACGGGACUUCCUGUUUAUGGGAACCUGCUUUGCCCCGACUUUCAGGCACGUACUUAAACUGAGUCCAGGUUUCCGGCUUGUCAAGAAAAAACUGUACUCCUCCUCGGCUGGCACCGUGGUAGAGGAGUGCUAAACUAUGGGAGGGAUUAAAGUGGGAUGUCUGGUUUCCUGUGGGUAAACGCACUUCUGCCCAUAUGUAAGUGACACCCCAGUGGUGUCAUUUUUGACCGUGUUUUUGCACAAUAGUUUUUUUGUCAAUUCAACUAUUAAUAGCCAGUCGGUUCAGUUUGGAACUUGGGAUGUAAAGUUAAACGCUGUUGAUAAAUGACCCUUAUAGUUCAGGGUUUGGCUUCAGUGUUUCGAAAUUCAUUUUAUAUCUGCAAAAUUGUACGACUCUGGAUGUUUUCUAAUCGUAGCACUUGUUGCUCAAACACAAUUUUAAAUUGUACAUUUUUAAAGAUGAAUGUAAAGCCAUUUUCACAAUCGACAUGUUUUAAGAGGGACAUACUGUGGGUACACGUUAGUUAAAGACACUCGCCACGUUGUUGAUGCGUCUGUGCGGUUCCAGAUACAUUGAAUGUGUUCAGCAGCUGUAAACCUACCUGGGCUUGAAUGGGAGCCUGAAACGUAGUCUUUGGGGCCAUACGUAGCGUGUUGUGUAAUGCAUUAUUUAGGGCUGUGGAUGUCUUGGAAGAUGCUGCUGUCAUGGUGUGGGCUUCUCACACUAGGGGAAAUUGGAUGCCUUAAAUGUCAUAGAAAUGCACUUUUUUCACUCUGAGCUGUGUGUUUAUUGUAAGUGUUUUAUUACAUUUUUAUAACCACCCCCAAACAUUUUCAAUGCAGAGCCUUUGUAGAUUAUGAAAAGGAUGGUUAACAUGUAAAAGCAAAUUUUUUUUUUUUUAAUGUAAUUUUGUUAACUCAGACGUGCAAAGAAAUGGAACAUCUAGUAAUUUGAGAGGUUUUUGUUUUUUAAAUUCCAUCAACUUUCUUUUGAAAACUAGGUCUUGUCUAUUAGACAAUAAAAA